GUCGUGUCAGUGAAUACUGAACUCCGACAACUGACGAAUCUAGCCGUGGCUAAUUAUUCAUUGUAUAUUUUACAUUACGUGUUGAUAUUUAUUCAAUUAUCAACUGAUGACCAAGACGGAUUCUGCCAUGAUCAGAGUUAUUGGUUUAUUGAUCUGCUGUGUGGCGCUCACCUUGGCGCGGCCUAACCCGAGACCUGGAGGGAUACCCAAGAGGAAGCUACCCCUUCCUGGGAGCGGGUUCAGAUCACGUGAUCCAGAGACAAAUCUGACGAUGGACCAGAUAAUCACCCAGCAACUCGGGGGUAUUUCAGGUCUUGGAAAUAAAAUGAUGGACGCUGGUGGCUUGAUUCUCGCGGAAUUAGAUCUGCGUCUCACUCCAGAGCAGUAUGCGGCGUUCUACAACACAAACAGCAAUGGUCAAGGAGAUGGUUCUGGAGGACGCUCCAAGCGGAAGGCGACGACUGACCCCGUGCUUAGAUGGUUGCAUGGAGAGAUCCCAUACGCCUUCGCGGAAAAUACCUUCAAUGCUAAAGAGACGGUGAUGAUCAAGGAAGCUAUGACGGAGUGGGAGAGGUACACGUGUCUCAACUUCGUGGAAGCCACACCUUCUCACCCCAACGUCGUGGAUUUCGUUAACGGAGACUCAUGCAGCUCCCAGCUGGGUAUGGUCGGGGGAAGGCAGAUGCUCAUGUUGCAGGCACCCGGAUGUAGAUUCAGAGGAUUGUACCUGCACGAGAUCGCCCAUGCAAUCGGUCUGAUUCACGAGCACCAGCGUCCCGACAGGGACUACUACGUGGACAUCUUCCUGCAGUACGUCGCCCCGCAACUCCAGUACAGCUUCACAAAGAGCACCAAGAAAACUGGCGUCUUCAACACCACAUACGAGUACUCCUCCGUCAUGCACUACGGCGUCACGGCAUUCUCAAGAGAUGGUAAAACGAAGACGAUUCUUCCCAAGGACCGAAGCCGCGAGGAAGAGAUUGGGAAGGUUUAUCUAAAGGAGCUCUCAUUCGGUGAUAUCCUGGCAGUCAACAACAUGUACAAUUGUGCAGGAAAUUGUCCCGACACAGUCAAGUGUAAAGAUGGCGGCUUCGUGGACGAGACCUGCCGCUGUAUGUGCCCGGAUGGAACACGUGACUGUGAAGAGGGCUACCAGGCACCUGCCACUAAUGGUGAAUGCAGCAACACGUAUGACGACUGGCAAUGCGCCAUAUGGGCCAACUCCGGACAGUGCAACAGGAACAGCAAGUUCAUGAGCAAGUCCUGCAGGAAGGCGUGCCAUCUCUGUAGCUACACUGUGGCGCCCACUGAACGUGUGGGCUGUGAAGAUCUGCAUCCCAAGAAGUGUGCCAAGUGGAAGGAGAAUGGUGAAUGUGUUGCCAACGAGUGGUGGAUGUCCUUGAACUGCCGGAAAACGUGCAACGCCUGUGUUGCGAAAAGCCAGAGAAAAGAGACUCAGUGUGAGAACAAGCACAGCGACUCUGUAAAGUGCGACACGUGGGCUGCUGACGGCGAGUGUAAGAUCAACCCUGCCUGGAUGCUCAUCAACUGCCGCAAGUCGUGUCAGACAUGUGACCAAACCCCUCCAGUCACUGACGGAACUGACGAUACAUGUACAGACGGCCACAGUAACAAGCAGCAGUGUGUUGACUGGGCUCUGUCCGGGGAGUGCCAGGCCAACCCCUCCUGGAUGCUUCUCAACUGCAAGAAGUCGUGUGGCGUCUGUGGAGGGGGAUCUGUGGUCACAAAAACACCUGUGAAGUGUGUGGAGACACAUCCUGAGUGUCCCUCCUGGGCAGAGACUGGGGAGUGCCUGAGUAACCCGGGCUGGAUGCUGACCAACUGUCCCGUGUCCUGCGACGAAUGUGUUCCUGACUCCGUGUCCACACCCGACCCUGUGAUCCCCGACAUCACACACCCCACCAUUGGCCCUCAAGUUCCUUGCAAUAACCUUCACGACGACUCAGAGUGUGGAUUGUGGGCAAGCACGGGACACUGCGAGAUGAACCCAAGCUGGAUGCACCAUAACUGCCGCAAAGCAUGUCGGUUGUGUGUAGAGGUCAAGGUCACACCGUCACCACCAGUAAAGCCAGACUGCACAUGUCGGAACAGCGGAUCUCGAGUCCUGCGACCAUCGACCAUCACCCUACUGAUGUUGGCCGCACUACUUGUUGCCCUUGCGUCCAGAAAACAGUGAAACUCACCACCUUAGAAACUAAGGAGCGAAGAUUUUCUCCAUGUCGAAUCGGUCUGGGAAGAUAUUAUAAGGACCAUUAUGAAUGAGUGUCUUGUUUGAGAGGCAUUUAGACGUUGGAGCAGUAAGGAAGGAUAACAAUAUAUGGAUGAACAACUGCUAUAUUACAUUGUGAAAUUCUUGUAUACUGUGAAAUACACAAUGCCAUUUUAGAAAGUGGUCAAAUGUAACAUAUGUUAUAUUUGGGAUUACACUUUUUCAGCAAAGUACA